AUGACUUUUAAAAUGGCAUACUAUUUUGGCUGCAUAGUGUUUGACCUGCGCGACCUUUUAAACGCAAUACUUAUUAACAAUUAUGUGAAAUCUAGAAUAUUGGCCAUCACUUUGAAUUUAGUCUGGACUAUUCAUAAUGUUUUCAAAUUCCUGCUUAUUAAUUAUAUGUGUGAAGCAGUCACCACCAAGGCAACUGCAACAGCAGAUUUAUUAAAUAGAUUAUCAUAUUUUACUUGUGACGUUGAAAUUCGUGAAAUCAUUUCACAGUUUUCAUCGCGAAUAGUUUAUGCACCACUUAGAUUCUGUGGAAUCGGAUUUUUUGAAUUUGGCUUUAAAUUUCUUCGAAAGUUUAUAACAUCUGUUAUAACCGUUUUAAUUAUACUAAUACAAGCACAAGCAAAUGAGUAAACUGCAGCAAAAUUCAUAAAAAAUAGUUUAAUGAUAAUCUAUAUGUAAUGUUAUGUAUAAAAUGCAUUAUGCAAUAUCAUUUAGACUUGGUUCGACAUCUCUGUAAUAGU